GACUAUCUUCCUGGGGCCUGAUAUCGCGAGAGCUAAGCAACAUCUCGCGUGAGUAAGUUCUGUAGCUCGUGUCCGCCACGGUUAGCCUCCUAUCCUCUUGGCAAGCGCAACCGCGCGCGCUCAGUUGUGUACGUACAGGAACAGUCGGGAGGGUUUUUCAUAAGAUGCUUCAGCUCGAGGGCAGUAUCCGCGCACUGUCCAUCCGGGAAACGGAAACGUUUUAACCCCCUUUGCUGAGGCCGUCGAGUGGUCCGUACUUUUAGUGUUUUAAUCUAGCCGCCGCGGGUCCUUUAACAGCCGAUCACACCGUGCUGUGACCCGCUAGGGAGGGAACUGUCACCUCUGUGCGAAAUCUGCAUCUCUGAAACGAAAUCGAGCUGAACCAGGAAAAUCUGUCAACUCCAAGUUCACGAACGGCUGCCAUGGUGGCGGCGAAGCUCACGCGGCUCCGCGGACAACUUUGUUUUCUUCACCUUGGAGAGCCGCAGACAUUAAAAGUCCAGAUUCAGCGCAGGACAUGAAGCUCGCGCGGAUUUGCGUCAGCUAGCAUUUACCUGUACCGCCCAGGUUUGGGACACGAAAAAAGAGGACGCGCUUUGACCUCCCCCGGCCAUCAUCUCCUCGGGGACGCAGCUGCCUGGCUGGAGGCGUGAUGGGGUCGCUGAAGGCUCUUCAGGAGUGGUGUCGGCUCCAGUGUCAGGGCUACAGCGGUGUGGAGGUCAGGGACAUGUCUGCGUCCUUUCGGGACGGCCUGGCGUUCUGUGCCAUCAUUCACCGGCACAGACCAGACCUCAUAGACUUUGACUCGCUUUCUGAAGAGAAUGUCUACGAGAACAACCGGCUGGCUUUUGAAGUGGCUGAGUCUCAGCUGGGGAUUCCUGCCCUGCUGGACCCAGAAGACAUGGUGUCCAUGAAGGUGCCUGACCGGCUCAGCAUCAUCACAUACGUGUCGCAGUACUACAACUUUUUCAACGACAGGUCUACAGCAAACCCGCCUUCAGUGAAGAGGCUGGCUCCUGCCGGACAGACUGAGCCGGCCCUGAAGAAGCCUCUCGGCCCUAAAGACAGCGACGCGACAGAGAAUGAGUCAGUCCAGCCUGCACAGACGGCGGGCGUAGAACCGGCUGCCAAACGCAGCACCCUGAGCAGCACCUGCUCCGCCUGCCACAAACACGUCCACCUGGUGCAGCGGUUCCUGGUGGACGGCAAGCUGUACCACCGUAACUGUUUCAGGUGCACAAAGUGUCACAGCACUCUGCUUCCUGGAUCCUACAAGUUGGGGACGGACCUGGGGGCUUUGGUCUGCAGCCAUCACCUCUCAAAGCAAACCCCCCCCACCCAGAACGGCGCCUCAGAAGUCGGCAAGAAAGAAAUUCAGCCUGCCAGGACUGGUGGCAGUACAUCCCUCAACACUGCACCCAACACUGGGGGCCAGGAAAACACUCCACCCUCAGAGGAGCAGAGCCGGGACUCUGUCGGGGCGGCGCUGGCUGAAGCUGGCGCUGAAGAUAAACCAACAGAGGCGGACAGACAAAGGGAGUCAGAGGAGAAGUCUCGAUCGUCCUCUCCUCCCAACCCCUUUGAGGAGAGUGAUGAAGAGGAAACCCAGAGUGUAACAGAGGAGGGACCACAAACUGUAGUCCACAGCAUGACGAAUGGGGAGCUCCCUUCCACACCUGAAAACCCUCUGGAAAGUUCCAGCCGACCAGUGCCUGCCCCCCGAAAGGUUUCUGAGGCCGUGCCUCCCCCCCGCCCGGCCCCACGAGCUCGACUCUCACAAAGAGCAAAUACUGUCGGAGAGCAUCAGAAGCCUCCGACUCCUCCCAAACCUCGAGAAAGAUCGGAGUCUCCAGCAAGUGGCUCCCAUAAACCUAAAGACCCACCUUGGCUUGUCCUGGUUCAGUCAGAGCAAAAGAAGAAGAAAGCCCGUCCCCCGCCUCCCCCUGGACCGGCAACUCCGUCAAACACCUCCUUGUCUACUCUCCAAGGGGAGGGCUCCUCCAGACCCAGCUCACCUUCUCACCCCUCCAACCCCUUCGAGGAAGACGACGACAACGAUGAAGGCAAAGAAGAGGAAGGUGGAGAAGGAGUAGCGGUUCCUCCCUCUGUGUCUGCAAACCACCCAUGGUACAGGAUCAGCCAAGCACCUGACCUGGGAGAUGGAGACACCAGCCCCCAGAGGAGCAGCCCCUCCACUUCUGCCAGUCCCGGGAGUGCCAAAAGCAAGAAAAGGCCAGCUCCUCGUGCUCCAAAGCUGCCUGCUAGAACCCAAGCCUGUCCUCCCUCUCAGGCCUCCUCCUGUUCUCCAUCUCCAGCUCUCAGCACGGAGAGCUUGUCCUCCUGCUCAGACCACGGCUCCUCCCCGCUACCCCUGGGUGGCAGUGCCACCAGCGUCCAGGAGCAGAGCUUCACCAAAAGUGUGUCGGAGCCUUCCAUCGCUUCGUCCGACGACACCUCCGUCCCCUCCUCCUCCCCAGCUGACAGUCGGCAUACUGCUAACGCAAGACCUCACUCCACUGCUGUGACAGCCAACGCCAGCUCAGCUCCAAACACCCCUCAGACCAAUCGCAGCUCUGACGGUCUAAGACCUAAAGCUCCACCCCCACGACCCUCGACGACCCCCAGCCCGCUGGUCGCACAAUCGCCUAAAAAGCAGAUAUGCAAGGAGAACCCCUUCAACAGAAAAGCGUCUCCUUCUCCAGCCAAAACCCCAGCGAGACCUCCGAUGGGACCUCGUCCCGCCAGACCUCCAGCUCCUGGAUACGGCUUCCCGCUCAUCAAACGCAAAGUGCAGUCAGACGAUUACAUCCCAGUGGAGGACAUCCAUGGAGAGAUGGCUCAGCUGGAGAAGCAGCUGGAUGAGCUCGAGCUGCGUGGAGUGGAGCUGGAGAAGAAGCUGAGGAGCAACCCAAGCGAUGAGGAUGAGGAGCACUUGCUGGUGGACUGGUUCACUCUGAUUCACGACAAACACCUCUUGAUUCGCCGUGAAGCUGAGCUCGUCUACACAGCGAAGCAGCAGAACCUGGAGGAGCGGCAAGCCGAUGUGGAGUACGAGCUCAGGUGUCUCCUCAACAAACCAGAGAAAGACUGGACUGAGGAGGACAAGAGUCGGGAGCAGGAGCUGAUGGCAGAUCUGGUGACCAUCAUCGAGCAGCGCAACCAAAUCGUCAACAGCAUGGACCAGGAUCGACAGAGGGAAGAAGAGGAGGACAAACUCAUGCAGGCCAUGCUCAAGAAAAAAGACUUCCACAGGGACCCGGACACCGGUGACCAGCAGAAGAGAAAAGGGGCCAAGUUUAAACCCAUCAAAGCGCUUAAGCUGCUGAGCCACAAGAAGGAAAAGAGCUGAGAAACACCAGCAGAUUUUAGACUUUUAUCAAGAAUAAUGCGGGGCCCAGAGGAGGACUUCUCUUUAACUGACAUUUUAUUAUUUGCACCUUGGAGUCCACUCCCCCUGCUGCCUUGAUGCUUCACAACAAGUGCUAUAUGAGCUCGGAUUUAGGUGACGCAUUCUUCAUUUUUCACAGCAUAGGCGUAGGACUGACGUUUUCUGUUUCUGCUCAGUUUUUUGUCGAUCAGUUGCUUUUUAUUGAGUUUAUUUGGUUUGGUAUAAAUGUUAGAUUAACAAACUGAACGUUUUAAGGUGUGGUACCCUGUAAAGACAUUACAACUUGUAUUCGUAGUAUUAGCGCAGCAUUAUUGCCAUGGCUGCUUCGUAGUUUCAUGUUUUUUGUGACGACGGGACGAAGAGGAUGUGGGUUCAACAGUGUUUCGUGAAACGAGGAAGAGGAGGAGAAAGUUUAAAGAUCCAUCCCAUUGAACUGUAUUUUUAAAAAAAAAAGCAUUUUAUGAAUGAAGAAAAUUUGUGGACAGGACUGGAGAUUUUAUGCAAUCUUUAAUUUAUAUGUGAGCUGUUUUUGCCUUAAAAUGGAAAGAAAUUCUGUGUGAUGCUGCCUGGAUGUCUGUUAUUUAACAUAGUUUGUCGUUGUGAGUUCGUGUUGGAGUCUGUCUGCUGCAGGCUUGUCUGUUUUGAGGGGUUCUCAAAGGACAGCAGGAUUAUUUCAUACUGUUUGGAAGACGAAUAAAAAACUUCAUACCAAGUGA